AUGUCGUUCAGUAUCGUACGUCGUAUAGUGCUCGUCGUGCUGCUAUCGGUUGGUGUUGUACAGGGUGAGGUGAGUUUCCCGGGCGUGGAGUUCAAUGCCGCGGUCGGAGAACCGGCACACGCCAGUAGCUACUACAACUACGCGCCUAACGCUCUACACGACACGGAAUUCGUCCCUAGCAACGCUAACGACGGAUUCCCCGACAAAACGAGCUGGUGGUCGGCCGGUGACAACGCAACAGAGCAGGUUUUCUGGCAGGUUAAUAUGAGUUCGUUAGCUCCGACACUUUCUCGGAUCGUCGUGCGUUGGCACGGCUACCUGUCGCCCAGGAGCUACCGUAUCCGAGUGUCGUAUGACGGCAUCGAGUUCACGAGUAUCCUCGCUGUCUUUAAUCUCAGCAAUGCCUACGACCGAGUGGAUAACCACACGGAAGGGCUCACUACACUCACGUCCAAGUUCAAAUACCUCCGCCUAGUCAUAGGCGACCCAAACGUCUGCAGCGACCAAUUCUCGUGCACAGACGAUGGAGUAAGCGAGACGACGAGCAGCACGAACGAACGCGUGGUCUACGGCAUCCGAGAGGUGGAAGUGUGGGCCAAAGGGACCAGGAACGAGGCGAUCAGACCGGCAGGAAUCGACGGCAGCGUGACGGUUCUUGGUCUUUUAGUGAUGUUAGUGACGGUAUGAAGACGACGAGUAAGCAUGAAUGAAACGAUGAGUACGAAGGAAGAGGCUAAUGGUAGGCACUUUCUAUUGGAAACAAACUGGAAACUCACUCACUACUCACUCACAAGACACACGCGCCAGUCCAAGACGCGGUUACGCGCAGAAUGGGAGAAGACGACCUACACUCAAAACACGACCGCGGUCGGCGAGCGAGCGGGAGAGCAGAGCAGAGAC